AUGGCAGGCGGCCGGACUGAGGACCACGGUGCGGAGAACGGCUUUACGCCGCUGGAUCGAUCCGUUCCGCGACUCCUGCCGCACAUUGACACCUCGGUGUUGCCAUCUCUGGGGGGGUUCGGCAAACACCAGAAGCAGCUCGUGCUCCUGACCUGGAUACCAGCAUUGUUCAUCGGCUUCAGCCAGUUUUCGGAUUACUUUCUUUUGGCACAGCCCAAUGGCACGUGCGUGCAGCCGCCUGGUGCUAACGACAGUAACUGGACCCUUCCGUCCACUGCCCCUCCGCUACUGCUCUGGGCCAACAGCACCUUGGACGCAGACAGCGCGCUGUGCGCCUGUAAGGAGUGGAGAUUGGAGCUGCACACAGGGCUCAGCCAGAAUGUGGUUACCAAGUGGAAGUUGGUGUGCGAUUCAGCUUGGAAGGUGCACAUAGCCAAGUUUUCGCUGCUGGUGGGCUCCAUAUUUGGAUACUUGGUGAUGGGUGUCAUGGCUGACUGGUAUGGUCGGCACCCAGUUCUGAUUCUCUGCGUUCUUUUCAUGCUGGUGUUUGGUGUGACUGUGGCCUUCUCUGUCAACGUCACUAUGUUCAGCACCUUGCGUUUCUUUGAGGGUUUCUGCUUGGCGGGCCUUGCUCUCUCCCUCUACGUGCUCAGGAUUGAGCUGUGCUUGCCGGACUGGCGCUUCUCCAUGACCAUGGUGGCCAGUUUUCUGAUGGUAGGCGGGCAGCUCCUCAUGCCCGGAGUGGCUGCUCUGUGCCGUAAUUGGCCUAACCGUGAUGACUGGCAGGUCCUCCAGAUCGUCAUAAUCUCUCCAUUUGUUCUGAUGCUGCCGUACGUUUGGAUCUUUCCUGAAUCCCUGCGCUGGUUGCUGGCCACUCAGCAGUACAGGCGAUCCAAAGCCAUGAUGUUACGUAUUGCCAGAAAGAACAAGGUUGACAUGACAACUGAACCCAAUGGAGUUUUAACUGAGCUGGAGCAGGAGCUGCAUAAGAAGCCUCAGAGGAGCUGCAUUGUCAAGAUGAUGAGCACAAGGAACCUAUGGAAGAAUAUAGUGGUGCUGUGUGUGAACUCAUUGACAGGUUAUGGGAUCCACCACUGUUUUGCCCGGAGUUUGAUGGACCCUGAGGCACGGCCCACAGCUCUGUGCCAUGCGGACUAUUACACCAUGGCGGGCAUCGCCGUGGCGACCUGCCUAGCCGUGUGCCCCGCUGUGGGACUGAUGGGGCGCAGAGGAGGUCUGCUGACAUUCAUGAUCAUCACAGCCCUUGCCUCACUGCUGCAACUGGGUCUGCUCAACUUGAUUGGAAAGUACAGUCUCCGCCAUGAUACAGUUCUACGAGACAGUCUGAACAGAAAGUUCUCUGUGGCAUUUUCCAUCAUCGGCAUGUUCUCAUCUCAUGCCGUCAGCACACUCAGUAUAUUCUUCUGUGCUGAAAUUACACCCACUGUCAUCAGGGGCGGAGGGCUUGGUUUAGUUUUGGCCAGUGCCGGCUUUGGGAUGCUAACUGCACCCAUCAUGGAGCUUCAUAACCAGAAGGGCUACUUCCUACAUCACGUCAUCUUCGCCUGCUGCACUCUGCUGUGCAUUAUCUGCCUCCUGUUGUUGCCAGAGCCCCGGGGCCAGCCUCUGCCUGAGAGCUUAGCCGAUGGAGAGACUUUCACCCGCCAAACACUCCUGCACCCAGGGGAGCAACAUCUCCUUCUGUCUAAAAUCGACAAGGACUACUCUAGAGUCCAUGACACACCAUUACACCUCACAGCCACAGGGGGCGCCACAGCAGCAGUUGCUACCGCUCUGGCAGCGGUACCAGCUUCUUACGCCCUGGCCACUGGAGGGGAGGUCAUUGGCAAUCAUGCUAUAGCCAAUGGACUGUGA